GAGAGAGGAUGGACGGAGAAAACCAGGAUCCCAGCAUCCAAACAAUCCAAACGAAGGCUUAAGAGGCAUAGCAUAAGUAAUCCAGGGAAGAGGAUUAAUGAAUUAUUUAUGCUGGUGAUAACAUAUCAAAACGGUGAGAGCGAGCGAGAGAGAAGAGGGGGAGAGGGGAUGACUGGAUAUUAAGCCACAGCAGAAGUAGCAGCUGCGGCAGCGGCAGCCUGGGAGAGCCGUGGUAUAUAUAUCCUCUACUUGCCACGAGCAGUAGAGUCAGAAAGCAGGGAUAAAUAAAGAUCACGGCCACAGCCUUCACAGGUUUACUUUUGAAAGAAAGCCGAGACACAGAGUCUUCAAACUCCCGAUCCAGCAGUUCAAGAAUUAUCGGUGCAUCUCUACAGUUUUGAAGAAGGAAAGCUGGCGAACCGGUGGUGGGCAGGCAGCGUGACCAUGGGAGGUGUCGACCGGGCCGUCACCUCCUCGACCUCGGCCUCUCCUCUCCAUCUCCGCAACCCCACCAAUUCCCACCUCAGUCCUCACCGCCCAGACCAAGACCCUAACCCUACCACCACCAACAGCAGCGGCAGCAACAACCACACAAGCAACGACGACGACGCCAAUGCAGAUGACCAGUCCCCUGCUGGUAGCCUCGAUGUCGCCGAGGGCGGAUCCACCGGCGGCGGCGCCCCUGGACGCCGCCCCCGCGGCCGCCCCCCCGGAUCGAAGAACAAGCCGAAGCCGCCUAUCAUUAUCACCAAGGAGAGCCCGAACGCCCUCCGAUCCCACGUCCUCGAGAUCGCUAGCGGGACCGACAUCAUGGACGCCGUCGCUGUGUUUGCUCGCCGGCGGCAGCGCGGUAUCUCCAUUCUCAGCGGCAGCGGCGUGGUGACUAACGUCACUCUCCGCCAGCCAGCAGCGCCGCCUGGGACCGUCGUCACCCUCCACGGCCGCUUCGAGAUCCUUUCCCUGUCCGGGGCCUUCCUCCCGGAGCCCUCGCCGACGGUUUCCACCGGGCUGACCGUCUACUUCGCCGGCGGGCAGGGGCAGGUGGUGGGGGGGAGUGUCGUGGGGGAACUCGUCGCGUCGGGACCGGUGAUGGUGAUCGCCGCCACGUUCACAAACGCCAUGUACGAGCGGCUGCCGCUCGGGGACGAGGAGGCCGAGGAGACGGAGGCGGCGCCACCGAGGGGAGCGGAAGGAAUGGCGGCUUUGCAGCAGAGCCCACCGGGAGGGAACGGAUCGGCGUCGCAGCAGACAUCUCAUGCAGGGUCGGCAGCGGCCGACCCGUCGUUGAUGCCGCCGCUGUAUAACCUGCCACCCAAUCUGCUGCCGAACGGUCAAAUGACACACGAGGUGUUCGGCGCUUGGGCUUCCGCGGCUCCUCGUCCUCCACCGUCCUACUAAUAUAAGUCCCUCUCUCUCUUUCUAAAUAUAAUUUGCCACGAAAGGGAAAAAUAUUUCUAUUGCUUUCCUUCCAUUAUCAAUGCUAUCAUCAUCACUGGUUCGGUUUGCUUGUUUAAAUGCUUGUGUUAUUUUGUAAACUGCGCAUGCAUUGCUGUAGAAUUAGACUGUUUCAAUGCAAUGUCACCUUUAUUUUCUAUUCC